CGGCCGCUGACUUGUGCUCCAUCCCGCAGGCCCACUCUCUCAGAGCCGAGCUGAAUGCUCAGUCAGCGCUCCUCCCGGUGAUCCCCGACGCCGCUAGCCGCCGCUUCUCGCCACACACGCUCACACGCUUACACAUACACACUCUCGUGUGUGCGCACCGCGUCUGCGCGCACCACCGGCUUCUGCAACUUUCCGACUUCACCUGAGCGAGCAAAGCAGGCGGACAGAACCACUAAACAAUGCGUGCCAACUGCACUAUGCGCUACCACAGGUUACUACUUUUGCGCUCAUUUAGGAGGUAACGGAGGAGGUGUGAGCUUGCAUGCCAUCACCAUGGAUUGCCUUUUUCUUCUGUUAUGGACUUUACCCAUCCCGCUGGUCGGCUGCACCUCAGUCAAGCUACUCUCCACCCUCUUGUCCUGGAGUAUUUUCAAGACGCUGCACAUUUACUGCUCACAGGCCUCCCAUACCGUUUCAGCCAGCUAUUCUUCCAGCAACAGCCACGGAUUAAAUCAUGACUAUGUAUUUGUAACCCCUGUGGAAGUGGACUCUCAGGGAGCAUACCUGACCCAUGAUGUGACCAGGCAAAGCCAUCGCAGUAAAAGGUCCUUGCCUCCUUCUCUGCACUAUCGCCUCUCCGCCUUUGGGCAUGACAUGCACCUUCACCUGCAUCCAUCUUCUGUGGUUGGCCCUGGGUUCACUGUGCAGAUGAUAAGCUCAAAUGGCAUCACCACAGUAAUGGAUGAUGCAAAGGUUCACAACUGCCUUUAUCAGGGAUUUAUCCAUAACCAGUCGGCCUCCUCUGCAGCCAUAUCAACAUGUUCUGGACUGUCAGGGUUGAUCCGUGUGUCUCAGGAGGAGUAUUUGAUCGCCCCGCUACCGCAACAUCUGGCCAGACAACACAACUACAGUGCCCCCAAUGGUCAUCACCCGCAUGUACUGUACAAGCGCUCAGCAGAGCACAUUGUCCACAGAAGAUGCAGAAGUCCCUCUGACGUCAGUUCUUCCAAACCUGGCAACCCUUACCUUCAUGAUUAUCAGCAGCAGCAGCAGCAUCAUCAUGACUACCAGCAUGGAAAGCUGCAGAGGCAACACUUCUGUGGACGCCGCAAGCAAUACGCACCCAAGCCUCCUGCUGAGGACCACUUUAUCAUGCCUGAUGAGUUUGCGGUACCUGAGGUGGAAGGUCUAGGGAGGGAAAAAAGAUCACCCAUUUCCAACAGGGUGGGAGGUCUGAAUGUGGAGACCCUGGUUGUGGCAGACAGGAAGAUGCUGGAGAAACAUGGCAGGGAGAAUGUCACCACCUACGUCCUCACCGUUAUGAAUAUGGUUUCCAGCCUUUUCAAAGAUGGCACCAUUGGGAAUGAUAUCAACAUUGUGGUGGUUAGCUUGUUGCUGCUGGAGCAGGACCCUUUGGGCUUGACCAUAAAUCAUCACGCUGACCAGUCCCUCAACAGUUUCUGUCAAUGGCAGUCAGGUCUAGUGGGGAAAGGUGGUAAACGGCACGAUCAUGCUGUUCUCCUCACUGGACUGGACAUUUGUUCCUGGAAGAACGAGCCCUGUGACACUCUGGGUUUUGCCCCCAUCAGUGGCAUGUGCAGUAAGUACAGGAGUUGUACGAUCAACGAGGAUACAGGACUUGGCUUGGCUUUCACCAUUGCACAUGAGUCUGGACAUAAUUUUGGUAUGAUCCAUGAUGGGGAGGGAAACCCUUGCCGUAAGACUGAGGGUAACAUUAUGUCCCCUACUCUCGCUGGUAACAACGGAGUCUUUUCCUGGUCCACCUGCAGUCAGCAGUACCUUAGCCGCUUUCUUGGAACAGCCCAGGCAUCCUGUUUAGUGGAUGAACCCAAGCAGAUCGGUCAGUACAAGUAUCCUGAAGAGCUUCCUGGGCAGCUUUAUGGAGCAGACACACAGUGCAAAUGGCAGUUUGGCUCCACAGCCAAACUAUGCAGUCUUGAUUUUGUCAAGGACAUUUGCAAGUCGCUGUGGUGUCAUCGCACAGGGCAUCGGUGUGAGACCAAGUUCAUGCCUGCUGCAGAAGGUACCAGCUGUGGCCCUGACAUGUGGUGUCGGAGGGGUCAGUGUGUUAAAUAUGGAGAGCAUGGUCCUAGAGCAGUGCACGGCCAGUGGUCAGCCUGGUCUCAGUGGUCUGACUGCUCCAGAACCUGCGGUGGAGGUGUCAUGUACAGGGAGCGCUCCUGCACCAGCCCAAGGCCACAGAAUAAUGGCAAGUUUUGCUCAGGCCCCAGCCGUCUCAACCAGCUGUGUAAUAUUCGUCCAUGCCCUCCCAAUGCUGUGGAUUUCCGUGCCCAACAGUGCGCUGAGUACAACAGCAAGCCCUUCAGAGGCUGGUACUAUAAGUGGAAGCCCUACACCAAAGUGGAUGAUGAAGACAUCUGCAAGCUGUACUGCAUUGCAGAAGACUAUGACUUCUUCUUUGCUAUGUCCAGCAAAGUUAAAGAUGGCACUUCCUGCUCUGAACACAAAGAAGAUGUCUGCAUUGAUGGAGUGUGUGAGGCUGUAGGUUGUGACCAAGUUCUUAGCUCCAAGGCCUCUCUCGAUGCUUGUGGAGUUUGUAAGGGGGACAACUCCACUUGCAAGUUCUUCAAGGGCCAGUACACUCUGCAACACCGGGCUAACGAGUACUACUCCAUGGUGACAGUUCCAGCUGGGGCUAGAAGUAUUCACAUUCAGGAAAUGGAAGUCUCCACUAGCUACCUGGCUGUCCGCUCCCUGAAAAAGAAGUACUACUUGACCGGGGAGUGGACUGUGGACUGGCCAGGGAAGUUCCACUUUGGUGGAACCGUAUUCGACUACCAGCGCUCUUUCAACAAGCCGGAGAGCCUGUAUGCUGCUGGACCGACUAAUGAGACGCUGGUGUUUGAAAUCCUUCUGCAGGGAAAGAACCCAGGUGUGGUAUGGGAGUACACUUUGCCUCGCACUGAGAGGAAGCCUGACUACAGCUGGGGUGUGGUGCGCUCAGAUUGCUCUGCUCCCUGUGCUGGAGGUCGUAUUUCAACCAAGGCUAUCUGUUUGCAGGACCAGAAGGCUCAGGUCAACUCCAGCAUGUGUAAUCCCCACACCAGGCCUGCACUGGGCUCCCAUCUCUGCAAUACACAGCCUUGCCCUGCAUAUUGGACACCAGGAGACUGGGGUGCUUGCAGUCGGUCAUGUGGCGGAGGUCAACAAACCAGGACACUGCGCUGCAUGAGGAAGGUAACCUACCAACGGGAGGAGGUGGUGGCGCACUCCUUCUGCCCUGUAAUCUCUCCGGCCCAAGUCCAGCCCUGCCACACCCAGUCCUGUCCGCCAGAAUGGAGCACUGGAUCCUGGUCACAGUGCUCCAAGACCUGCGGCCGUGGCCUGAGGAAGCGGAGCGUGUUUUGCCGCAGCACCGAUCCAGGGGCCAAAGCUGUGGUGGUGCCCGACAGCAUGUGCAGACAGCACCACAGACCCAAAGCCCAAGAGACCUGCGUCCUGCGGCGCUGCCCUAAGAAUGAGAGGCUUCAGUGGAUCCCCACUCCUUGGGGAGAGUGCUCUAGGUCUUGUGGCUCAGGCAUCCAGAAAAGAGAGCUUCACUGUGGGGAGAGAGACUCACAGGGAGGGUAUGUGGCGUUUACUAUACGGAGGUGCAGGAAUAUAGCCAAACCUUUGGUGGAUCUUCAGCAAGGAUGCAACCGAGGUCCAUGCCCAGAGCUCCCUCGGCUGGUCCCUGGAAGAACGACCUCAAGCGCUGUGGUCUUAGGCUGGUACGCCUCUCCCUGGCAGCAGUGCUCUGUGUCCUGUGGCGGAGGAGUCCAGACUCGAUCCAUCCAGUGUCUUCGACAAGGUCGCCCCGCAGCUGGCUGCCUGCCACACCAGAGGCCUGUCACUUCUAGGGCAUGCAACACACAAUUCUGCCCGGCUGCUCCCCUGGCUCCAGCACAUCGCUCUGGCAGCCGGGUCACAGCUGCUGGACCAACACUGAAAGAAGAACACUGUGUGGAUCACUUCAGCUGGUGCCACUUGGUCCCUCAGCACGGUGUCUGUAACCACAAGUUCUAUGGAGAGCAGUGCUGCAAGUCCUGCUCCAGCAAGAAGCCAUAGAGCUCUGACACCUCUGUGUCCACGGCCUCGAACAAAAGUGCUGCUACGGAGGCCAUUCAGGGGCAAAUACUCACUACACACAGGACUUUGCGCAGCAAUGUGUUUUCUUCCUGGAGUACUUGACUAAUGCAUUUUGUAUAGAAGUGAAAGAGUACAUACACAGACUUUGUUCAAGAAGGCAACAUGGCUGCUGAUGCUCUUCUGCCAAAGUGGUGUCAUCAGGUCAGUGCUCACAUUGAAACUGGAAAGACAGUGAAAUCCAAACUGAAGACUUGUUGUAAAAUAUAUGUAUCUUGAUAUUUUGUGGAGUAUUUUCCUCUUGAAACCCCUGAAACUAGAAAGCCAUCAGGACAACAGGAAAGAACAAUAGUGUGAUUAGUUUUAUGUUGUACAUUUAAAGGCAUCUGGUUUCGUAUGUCUUUGUUUAAGUUAUUAUGGGUCCUAAUAUAUGAUUUUACAUUGUGUGAGAUGUACAGUGGAUCUGGGACAUGUUAUUUUUGUGUUUUGUGCCAGUCACCCUUGGAUCCACAUGAUUCAGUUUUAUAUGGGGCGUUAGUAAUCAGGUGAACUGCACUUCUCCUUCACAUGAUGUCCACUUGUCAUGUUUACUACUCCUGAAUCGCACCACGUCACAUUCAUAUCAGUGCUAUUUAAACAUCCGUAUCUGUGUACCUAAAACAUGUUAUUCAACUGCGUUGUAAGUGGUUGUAUUUUUUUUUUUAUCUCUGCUUUAUUAUUAUGGUAAAUAACUUCACCAUCUAUCUGUCUUUCUUUUCUUCACUGCAUUCUCUCUAUCGAUUACAGCCACAAUGAGGUGAAUAAUGAGCAAGGCUGUCUACAAGCCUGGGGGAGAGUAGAGGAGGGUGAAGAGGGAGAGAAGAGGAUGAUUGCUCGGUAAGCGUGGGUGCAGUCUAGAUAGCAAGAGGUUUUGGUUAUUGAGAGAGAGUAGUGUAGGUGUGUUCUCCACAGAAGUCUGGUCAAAAUAUAGAGAUGUGGCAGGUGGAGCUUGAGAUAAGAGAUGAUGCACUCGUGUUCAUUUCUGUUUUGAUUGGGGCACAAAACAACAUAAAAACAACAUAUAUGCAAUAGUUUGGUUGAAAGGAAUUUUGAUGGCUCAAAUUCUAAAGACAGACAGUAAUAUAAAAAAGAGUUACUGAUUUAUUGGCAAGCCAAUAUUAGCUAUUGGCUGAUCUCUCAGUAUCAACAUUUAUAACAACAAAUACAAUUUUUUAAAAGAGAUCAAGGAAGAAAAGCAAAAACACCCUUGAACCAAUAUGAAAUCAGACGUAAACAAACCAAUAUGUUUCUUUAACUAAAAGAAUCUACAAACAUGAUUGAUCAAUAUAUAAAUAGUCUACAAACUCACCUAUUAUGCUAUUUGAUUUACCCCCUUAGGAAAACGACUAAUAAUUUGAGACUUCAGGUAAUACUGCAUUUAUAGAUGUAUAUAAAUAUACAGGAUAAAAACGAAAUUGUAGUGAGGCUAAAAUUUUCUUCGUACAUAAAGCUGUUGCCUGUAGUGACAAACCAAUGAAGAAAUGUGAUGCAUUUUAACUCCUUGUUUUUUUAUAUUUUCCCCCACAUCUUUACAAUUCACUUCCUCUUCUCUGAUCAGUUUAAAAACUGUUAUGCUCACUUUGCAUAAGACCACAUAAAAGAAUUAGCAAGGUUAGCAGCUAACUGGUAAACACAGCAGACCGGUAGAGUAGUAAAAAGCAGCAUAUAAUAUUGUCAUUUUAAAACCUGUCUUUUUUUAUAUUUAGGCAACUUGAAGUUAAUGGAACAAAUACACAUGCAAAAUGAAAGUAAAUCAAUGCGUCUUUACCUUUGGCAAAAAAAGGCUCUUAAAGUGCCUGACUAUUAGCUAGUUGGUAAUGGUGGCUGUCGAUUUAAGUACAGAGUAGGCCAUGUUCAGCUUAUCAGAACAAUGACUGCAAACAAAAACAUUAAAGCAACCCUUAGAUGUCAUCACUAAAGAAAAAUGUUUCCACACUAAAUAUGCUAAUUUAAUCAUUUUUUGUUGUGAGAAAAUUGAUGAAGCAACUUUAAAGUUUGGCAUUCGUGUUGUCUUGCAUUCUAUCCCCAUGAGCACUGUGAUUAUUGCCCAGUUGGACACUUAAUGCCCAUUAUUUGUCUGGCCACUCAGUGGGAAUCUGCUUUCACUAUUAUUGGCCUCUUGGCAACUUCAGACAUUUGAUAACUUUUUGCCCCUCUCAAAACUUUCAUAACUAGAAGCAUGCUGAGAUUUAUGCUACUAAACAAUGUUUUUCUUACAGUGAUUAUGCCACCCUUUCUCGCUCUGCGGGGUCUGCGAUUGCUCUUUAAUCAAACCGUCUGCAUGAAUCAUGAAGCCUGGAGUCCUCACAUCGUCUUGGCUGCAUGCGGUUUACUGGCAUGCUGUGAGCCAGACACUGCAAGCUGGGGCACAUGCACAUACACACAAAUAUGAUGGCUAACAUACACAAAUUUAACUUGUUCACUGAGCAUCAGGCUGACUGUGAAGUGUGUGGGUGAGAGCAUGCUUUUGGAAUUUGGGCGUGCAUACCAUUGUUACAUGGUUUCCCAGCUGCAUGCCUGCAUUUGCUGCUUGGAUUCAUGCAUUUACAAGUGUGUGCCUGUGUCUUAAAGGGCGAGUGUUUGUACAAUACAUAUGUAUGUCCUUACAAGCCAGCCUGUGAUGUCUACAUCGCAGUGGGGCAGCAAUUUUACCGCUGAGCUGAUGUGAGAAUUUCUAUAUCUCCAUCCUGCUUUCAGUUCCAGAUGGGACUCAAUUUCCUCUGCCCAUAUUGGUUCAUAAUGACAUAUUUUGAUUAUCUUAGCGUGGGGAGCCACAUCAACCCUUGGCAUUACUGCCGUGGAGAAAUAAAGAGAUUGAGACUCAAAUAAAAAUGCAGAAAUGGAGGAGUAGCUCUUUAUUUGGCAUCCUCACUUGAAUUUGGAUUUGUGUUGGGUAAUGUGCUUGAAACAUCAAAACUUAAAAUCUUCCCCAAAAUAUAAACAGAUAAUUCAUCACUUUAAUCAGACGAGUUUUUCUGAUGCACUCAGAGCUUAAAGAAGUUUAGUGUAUGCUGGAUAAAAAGUGUUUGCAGAGAAUUAUAUGGCAAUAUUCCUAAAAAUGUUCUAAUAUCUGUCUACAGAUACCGCAACUCAGUAUUAAUGGGUUUGACUAAUUCCAUCCUAUAGGGGGUUGUUGAUAAUGCUAAUUUCAGGAAUUGACAAUAAUCAAUCAUUACUAGCCUGUCAAUCAGUGCAAUGGAACCAGAUGUUGGCAUUUUAGCAAAGGAGGACAAGUCUGCAAAUUGUACACCAUAAAAACACAUUUUUAUUUAUAGUAAACUCUGAUGACACAUUGACUAACAUGUCAGUGCCAGAAAAUCUGGCAGCAGCAGUAACAUCCUUUGAUAAAUCUGAUGAUCUCAGAAAUAUUAAAUCUGGUUAACUUCAACCUGCUAUGCUUCCAUUAAUGUGGCAGUUUGACUCUAAGGGUCAUGGCAACUUUGUACCCUCCAGCUCUAUCAGGGAAGUUAAGAAGCACAAAACAGCAGCAGCCAACCUGAUGGGGAUAUCUAUUACAGCCAUCGGAAUGACUACAUUAAAGGGAAAACAGACAAACUUUAAGAAUCCAUUAUUAGGCAAAAAUUUCAAUACCACAUGAUUUCUGACAUUAAGCUGUACUUUGAGUUUAAUGUUUAGCAUUUUAGUAUUGUUGCCCAAUGCUUAUAAGGAUGCUGAUGCUAGCAUUUUGGGAGCACAUCUGUGCCUUGCUAGAGCCUCAGUGAGCCACUAGCAUGGCUGUGGCCUUGUUUAAAAUUCAUCACAUCUGUUUUCAUGUCUCCUGAAACAACCCGCCUCUAUGAGAAACCUUGUCCAAAGAAAAAAAAGUGUACCUUUUUUGGAACCUGGUACACAAUGAGCACACUACACGAAAGUAAAUGCCUGCCUUGGUCUGUCAACUCCAAAAUAGGCCUGUCUCUCUUAAUACUUGAGCUACCCAGGCUGAAUGAUGCAGGUAUUUUUUUCCUGUUUUCAGCAUGCUCUUGAGGUCCCCCCCUUUUUUUCCAGUUGGCAAAGCACCAGUUGUUGUCGGUCCAGUUGUAAGUCAGGGUCGGCUGUUAUUUUCAGCUUAGACAUUCCUCCGCUAGCUAAGUGUCAGGCAGGCCGGCUAAGACCGUCGUUUGUGUGCUCUUGGCAGGCAGUGAACCCUGAUAGGACCUCUCACAACUGACAGUCAGUCUAAUCACAUCUUAACAAAGUUCCAUCUUAGCCUGUGUAUGUGUGUCUGUGUAUGUGUGUCUGUGUAUGUGUGUCUGUGUGUGUGUGUGUGUGUAGGUGUGUGUGUGUGUGUGUGUGUGUGUGUGUGUGGACUGAGAGAAAGUGAGAGUGAUCUCUCUUUCUUGCAGGGCUUACUCUGAGGGCAGGCUUCAUAACAAGUGAAAGCUGUCAUAUUUCAACUCCACCUCUCCCAUCAGUACCUCUGUAUCAGACAGAGUUCACGAAGCACGUGCCCACACAUACAAAAAGAUAGCAGACACACACUCUUACCCCUUCCUUCAUCCCACCAUCCCCUCUCUCUCUCCCUCACACACACACACACACACACACACACGAUGUGGCUGCCUGCACAGGGGAGCGCCUGGUAUUUGCUGCAGGGUGAUUGCAGGUGGAUCAUGGCAUUGGCAGGGCUUUAGAGGUAUGCAGUUGCGUGGGAGUCGCAGUGUGGGGCUCAUUCGUUGCUGCCAGGCGUCUCCUCUAACGUUAAGAGAUCUGCGAGGAGCAGAUCUUGGUGAUUAAGAGCUCAAAAGACGACUGGCAGCUCUGCGUCACGACAAGCCUUUGUGUCUCUGUCAUGCUGGAUGAUUUAAGAUUCGAGUAAAGACCUGUGUAUAUAUGGCUCACGCCUAACUAAACCUCCUCAGCUCUGGCGAACCCUCACCCCCGAUCCUUCCCCAUCACAUGCUCCCAGCCUGUCUCUCAUUAGCCUUUUUUGCUAUCCAUCUCCAUCUUUUUUUUUAAAACAUUUUCUUCACCUCACCUCGCCUCACCUUACCUCCCUCUUCCUCUACCCCCUUCACUGUCUCACCUCUCACUUCUUUCAUCUCAUUACCCUUGCUUAUGCUUUUGUAAACUCUGGAAAGUUUGUAGUGUUUGGCUUUUGGAGUGCCUAAAUCACUUUAUAAUGCCACAUGCUGUGUGUUUUCUCUCUGCAGUGGGAAUCUGUCACAGCUGUUGUAUAUGCAUGUCUCUAAAUUCAUUUUUAAAUUAAAAGAUCAGGAAUCUUCCGGGGUGUUUAAAUUUGUGAGAAAGCAAACAAACAAACAAAAAAACCCCAGAAGUGUCCCUUGACCCUUCUCGACUGAGAAUCAUCGAUUACGCGAACAUUUUGUUUUAAAAACAUUGCACCAUCCCUGUUUGUCAUACUGCAGCAGAGGCAGCACUUAUUCCCCUUGGCUGCUCAAGCACCACUUUUACAAAAUAUAGUCCACCUGUUCAUUUGCUGAUUACAUGAAUGCACUGAUUUGCUAAGCAUAUUUCGAGCAUUUUUUUACUCAUCCCCCCCUAAGCGCAUAGAACCUUGAAUGUGGACAUUUUCUUAUUUAUUUAUUUUUUGUUUGUUUUUUUGCUCAUACCAGCUUAUUCUCGCUCUUGCUCUCUCUCUGGUGCAUAAAGGUUUUCUGAGCAUCCCUGCUCAGAUCCAUUGAGUAAAAAGCUUUUACUUAACGUAUUUUCUCCUUGAGGCUAUGAAUAUUAUUGAUCUGUGUGUUUGCUGCAACUCUCUCUCAUCUAUCUUCCUUUGAGCGGCCGGUUUCUCAUCAUUUUCCCCUGAAAUGUAAGAAUUGAUUAGAAUCCUUGGGGCCCUGUAGGCACCAGCUGCAGCCGUGCCCACCUGCCUAACCUCGUGACCUUGAGCAAACAGCAUCCAAGUGGCUGGAAAUGGACUGAGCUCCUUUUAUUGUAUCUUUGUCCUUUUCAGAUUUAUUCUUGUUGUGUUUUUAUGUGAAUUUAUAAAUAUGGUGCUCUUCUACGUCAUUCUGAAAGAAGCUCACAUUUCUUCCGCUACCUCCUCUUCCCUGGAGACACACUGCUAUACAGAUUAAGUCAUGUAGAGAACACCCACAUGUAUUCAAGUAUAGCAUGUUCACAUGCUACACAUUUUACUGUGUUUAAUGAGCUGCUGGUGAAAUCUAUGCGCGCGAUAACAUUUCCUCAGUUCUUUGUCUGACCACUAGAGGGCAGUGCCCACUCAAAAAUUCUGCAGUCUUUGAGUCUUUUUGUCCCUCCACGUUAAAUGCAAAUUGCAAACUAUAUAAACAAAAAACAACAACAACAGCAAAAUAAAUCACUUUCUCACACCUAGAUGUUAGAUGUAUGCAAAUAGACUCCCCUUUAUUUCCUUACACUAAACAAAAGCAAUGACUUCUCUGACCUCCAAGUUACAAAGUUAAACUCACCACUACUAUAUGCACAUUCCCAAACUUCAUUUCGACAGGCGUCAUUUCAAUAUUUGUUCCUCAGACUGUCAUAUUUUAUUGAUGAACUGUGAGCUCAAGCUGGCCACGGGGAAUACAAUUCCACAACAGAUAUGUAAAUUCCAACCUAUCAAUUUUUCAGACCUUUUGGUCGGCAAUGCCAGCUAAAUCUCUGAGGCCAUCCUUCACUUUGCCCCUUGUGGAUAAAAAGAUGAAUAGGCGAAAACAAGCCAUGCUUGAUUUUUAGACCACCAGUGAUUUCCUAAACUAAAUGAAGCACUCUCCGCACGUUGAGGGCAAAGCUGAAUUAUAAAUAAUCAGGGGGAAACGUCAUCAGACGGAAAGAAACAAGGUCAGAACUAUUACCAAUUAACUGUUACUUUUUUGUGCAAGGCAAGCAACAAAAGUGUAAAGGAAGGAGGGUGAAGCGCUCUCCUUCACUGUGGAAAAACAGCCGGGGAGUGUGUGUUGUAGGUAAUUGGCCAAGGUUACAAACCUCAAUAAAUCAAAGCCGUGCUAGUGCUUCAAACAAGGACAAAGCAAUGGUCGCAUUACAGCAGAUACAUUAUUUUCUGACACAUAUUUCAGUUUCCAGCAUCCUCGUACAUGAUUGUACUUCCCACGUACAGCAAGCCGCACUCCUCCUUACUUGACCUCUCACUUGAUGUUCUUUUGUACUGAGUGGCACACGUAGAAGAUAAAGAGCUUCCACAUCAGGCUUGCCUUCAAGACUUUCAUCUUAAUGAGGCCUUCAUGAGACUGAACAGAUUGGUUUGAAAGUGAAAGAAUGUCUGCUUGAACAAAACAUCUUAUUCGGUCGGAGAUUUGCUUUAGUUGCUAGUUAGCUAAAUGAAGAGAAUACUCUGAAUCAUUCUGAGAGGGCAAAUCCCAUCACUGCAGGGUACGGUCGAUCUCUGGCAGCUCCAAUUGGUGUAAUGGAUCAGACAAAGUUGAUAAAAUGCUAAAAGUUGAGCUACAAAAAAGUAAUUUGAUGCUGUAUUUUACUCUACAGCUGCACCUUUUGUAGAGGUGUUUGGGGAGCUGGUUUGCCUUUCAAAUCAAGAAAAGCUUCAAAAUCAACAGAAAGCUUCAAAAAUUGCUCUAAAAAGGUGCCAGAACAAUCUGUGUGCAGUGCAGUGUAUACUAAAGCUGGCAUCUUUAAAUCAGUGAAAAGGAAAGCACUGACGGACGUACUUUGUGACGUCUUGAAUAGCAAGUAGAACCAAUUUACAGCUGUUAACCCUGCAUGUGUGCGUAUCUGAGCACAAGAUCCUCUCGCUGUGUGCAUGUGUGUGCAGACAACAAAGUUGCACGGGAAUAAAUCAUAACUUUUUCUAAGACAAUAGUGACAAUUCCAAGUAAAUCUCAGCCCGCUGAAGCGUCUGUCGCUGUCAAGCGCUGCUCUGAAAUGGAGAGGUUUUUCUAUAUAUACAGACAGAGAGGGAGAGAGAAUGAGAGAGACAGACAGAGAUGGAGUGAGAGAGAGGAGUCUGACAGAUUUCAGUGACACUGUGCCUCACAGCCACUUCCUCAGUGCUUUUUACCCACUGCCUCUAGUGAAGCAUACACAUGAAAGUGAAGAAGGCAUCGCAUGCAUCCAAAACGGCGAACGGCACCAUUAAAGAUACAAAACAACUGUCACCUGAAGCCAGAGUCAGUGCAUUUGACGUUUUUUCACAUUACCAUCAGCAGUUUGUUUAGACUGAACUUAAACUGUGGGGAUAUUACAAACAAACCAAAAAAAACCUGACACACAUCCAUGCAACUGUAAUAUCAGCACAAUAAAUAAAUCCCAUUUUACAAAUGAUUUCCUCUAUUAGACGCAGCACUUGUAGCAGCCUGGAGUAUAUACCCCCACCUCUCUUUUGUUCUCUCCGGAGUUGUAUAAACCUCUGUCGACAGCAAUCACAUCCGCAAUAGAUACAAAUCCAAAUGAAACAAAUCAAUCUAACUGCCUGCCCCUCUUCCUCUUCCCUCUAGCUUCUCCCCCACUUGCCUCCCACCAGCAGAGAAAACUGUGCCCAUAAACGUGGAGCUCAGAUUGGAAAGUUUGUUUCCAUUUGGGUAGGGUUUCCUUCGCAGAGCGCUGGAGUAGAGAAACAAUGAGAAGUGGGCAGGUGUGUCUGGCUGUGCUGGCGAGGUUUGGUUUCAUUGUUACCUUUGCUGUACCUCGGCUAAUCAUCUAACACAGUGGUUGGUCCAGCCGGCAGGAGACUCAAAUACCUCUGCCCUCCCCGGGUUGGCCUCAAUUAGUGGGGAAUUAAAGUCCUGCUUCAUGGAUAGGAUUCAUGGGGGACACUGCUCCUUAAUUACAGCAGCUCUCCAUGUACUGCUGGGGACUGAUUGCAAGGCAAGACAACACCCAACCCAGCACCCACCCAGCCCUAUUUGGGGGUGUCUGGAAUACUGCUUUGUUGAAAUCAGCAGGCAGAUGCAGAUUAGUUACUCAGCUAAUACAAUGGUUCAGAUCUACAAGUGUCACUGUAAUUUCUUCACUUUCCUUCCCUGCUGUCUACAACAAGUCCAUGGAGUCUUUCUUUUUUCUUUUUUCCUUGUUUUUACCCAGAAAUAAUCAACAGCAGCGAUGUGAAAAAUGUUGCUUUGAGCGCUUGUUUUGCUACAGUUUAUACAGGCCUUGUAAUAAAAAGUUGAAAUACUUUUUGUAUUUUUUCUGCUCAUUACAAAUAGUUUUUCCAUUGGCGACUAAGUUGAUUUAAAGUAGAGUUAUUAUGCUCAUUUUCAGCUCUGUAGUUUUAUGGGUCUCUGCAUGCCUCACAUAUUUAUUUAUUUACUGAUGCAGUUCCUCAGUUUAUUCACUACCAGAAAAAAAAAAAAAACUAUAACAAACAAACAAACAAGAAAAAAAAC